AUGGAUGAGAAAUCAGGCUCCAGUCACUUGGAAAGUGGGACACCUGAGAUGGUGAAGGCCCUUCCAGAUGGCAUUCGCAGAGACGCGGGCUUGGUUCUGGACACUGAGGGCCUGGAUGGCCAACUGUCGCUUAAAGUUGCCGCUGAUGGACAUACGGUCCUUCUUCCCCAGCCGACCGAUGAUCCCCGUGAUCCUCUCAACUGGUCCUGGAAGCGGAAACAUCUUCUGCUCCUCAGUGUUGCCUGGGCCGCUCUUUGUACCGAUUUCACUGCCGCCGCCGGAACAGCCAUAAUCUUUAACCAAGCAGGUCAAUGGCACAUAUCGCCGAAUCGAGCCAAUGACCCGAACGCCAUAUUGGUCUUGUUCAACGGACUCGGAGGCCUCGUCUGGGUGCCCCUGAGCUCCAUCUGGGGCCGAGCUCCAGUGCUCUUCUGGACUACUAUCGCAGGGUUAGCCGUCAAUCUCGGCGCUGCUGUUGCAGACAGAUACUCGGUCUACUUCGCCUUACGGGUUCUUUCGGGUUUGUUCCUGACCAGUGGCCAAACCAUGACCAUUGCCUUCCUAAAGGACCUUUUCUUCUUCCACGAACGCGCCCGAAAGAUUGGCCUCUGGGCAGUGCUCUACGUCGCCUCGCCGUAUCUCGGACCAUGUCUCGCCAACUUCGUCAUUUCCGCGACGCACCAUUGGCCCGAUAUUUUCUGGAUGUGCUCUGGUGUGGUCGGCUUGCAACUUAUCCUGGUCCUAGCAUUCGUGGAUGAGACGUGGUACAAUCGCGACUUGCCAGAUUCGGAACAGCCUCCUCGACAGAGCGGCAUUGUUGGCCGGCUGAUGAGGCUCACGGGGAUUUGGCAGAUUCAACAUUCCAACUACUUUCACGACACUAUCCCAGUCUGCAAAAGAUUCUUCGCCACCAUCACCAAACCUUCGUUUGCUCUGAUUUGCCUCUCCUAUUUUCUCACCUUUGCUUGGGCCAUCGGGGUUAAUAUCUCGACGAACUUGCUCUUCUUCCAACCCAAGGAAGCCGGCGGCGCCUAUGGAUACACUACGAAAACAAUUGGCUACUUGUAUUUCGCCAACAUUGUCGGCGUGUUCUUGGGCGAAAUCUUUGGACAUUACUUCAACGACUACAUGGCGCACCGCUACAUCAAACAACACAAGGGAGUCUUCAAGCCGGAAGUGCGCCUUUGGACCAUCUACAUCUCCAUCGUUUUUAUGGUGGCUGCUCUCAUACUGAUCGGCCAGUCCUUUGAGAAUGCGCUGUCCGUAGUAGCAGUGAUUUUUGGCUUGGGGAUAUUUGCUUUCGGGGUCAUGACCAUGUCUGUAUCGGUCACGGCUUAUGCCCUUGACUCGUAUCCCAAUGCACCGGCAGAGCUGAGUUGUUGGCUCAAUUUCGCCCGUACCGCGGGUGGAUUUGCUGUAGGCUACUUUCAGCAACCGUGGCUGGAACGUGUAGGUGCCGAUGCGAGCUUCGGUACACAGGCUGGGAUUGUGGCCUUUGCCGCUAUUCCGGUGGUUCUGGCGCAUAUUUACGGUGCUUCGAUGAGACAGAAGCAUGGCCCGCUUGAUUAA